CAAAACGACAAACAGACUAGAGCAGAUUGGAGUUCUUGUCCCAGGUGUUAGUCUUUUUAAAAUGCUUUAACUAAAUUUUAUAACAAUGCUAAAGAUUUUUAAAUUUUAAGUAAGCAGUUCAAUAUUCAUUUCUCAUAUUUUAUAAAAUGAGUAUUUCUUUCUCUAUGUUUAGUUCCUAAAAAUGGCUGGCCUUGCGUUGGAUGAAUAUGAAUUGCUUGGAGAUGCUCGAUAUCGUUCUUACAUAUCAAGCAUUGACAAAGCUUUAAAAAAUUUUGAAUAUACAAGUGAGUGGGCUGACCUUAUCUCAGCUCUAGGGAAACUAAACAAGGUUCUUCUUAGCAAUGUUAAAUAUUCUAUAAUUCCAAGACGAAUUACCAUAAGUAAAAGACUUGCACAAUGCAUGCAUCCAGCUUUGCCUAGUGGUGUGCAUUUAAAAGCUCUAGAAACUUAUGAUAUUAUAUUCAAAUGCAUUGGACCUCAACGAUUAAGUCAAGAGCUAUUUAUUUAUAGUGCAGGUCUUUUCCCUUUGCUUGGAAAUGCUGCUAUGAAUGUGAGACCUUCCCUUCUUACCAUCUAUGAAACCCAUUUUGUACCUUUAGGUAUUAAACUCAGGCCUGGAUUAAAUGGAUUUUUAAUUGGAGUUUUGCCUGGUUUAGAAGAAGGUUCUGAGUAUUAUGAAAGGACUGAUCACCUUUUGCAAGCAGUUUGUGCAAACGUUGAAAAAAGCUUUUUUUAUGGAUGCAUGUGGAAGUGUAUUCUUUCAAAUCCAACAAUUAGACUACCUGCUGUAAGUUUUAUCAUUUCACAUUACAACAGAAGGCUUUGUUUGGAAGAUCAGCUGUAUAUUGUUGGAACAGAUAUUGAUACCAUGGUUCAAGGAUUGUGUGCGUCUCUUCAAGAUAACAGCGUCUUAGUACAAAGGUGUGCUUUGGAUCUAUUGCUCUUAGGAUUUCCAAUCCACAGUAAUCAGUUGCUCUCCUCUGACAUGGUACAGGUUGUUACUUCUGCUUUAAGUGUAGUCCUACGAAGAGAUAUGUCUCUAAAUAGACGUCUGUUUUCUUGGUUAAUGGGUGGUGAUGCUCUUGGUGUCGAUGAACUAAACAAAGGAGAACAUGAAAAACAUUCUGAAAAUGUUGAUAUCAAUUCCUAUUUUAAAGAUUUUGCCAAAGAAUAUUUGUUAAAAGCUCUCCAGAAAGUCUUUGAUGAUCCUCAGACUGUUAUGCCAUCAAGCAGUGUGCCUUCAAAUGCAGAAUUAUGGUGCUAUAGAUUACUGAUUAGUUUGUUAGACCGCCCAGAAAUAAGCUCCGUGAUAUUGGAUGAUGUUUUAAUUGACAUUUUUAGAUCUCUGUAUUUAGCAUGCCAUUCUUCAAACAAUGUUACUGUGCAGGUUGAUAGAAAACCCCCAAAAUCCAACAAAGAUAGAAAUGAACUUAAAAAAGCUGCUAACCUUCUCUUUGGAACCUUAGAACCGUCUUAUUUAUGGGAAUAUUCAGCCAAGCAUUUUGAAAUUGCAUGCCAAAUACCAAGUAUCAGUUGCAAAGAUACCAGUGCUACUGUUGAAGAUACAGAGUAUGUUCAAAGAGUUGGUUCAGGAAAUCCUAAUUUGAGAGAAUUGUGUUCACUGGUCAGUUUUCUAUUGGAUGUUGUUUCAUUGGAAACAUAUUUAGAAGCAAAAACUGAACAUCUGCCCAAGCUCUUAUGCCACAUAUUUAAUGUACUUUCAGAAAAUUGUAGUAUACUAUCCAUACAUGACAUUUCCGUUACAUUAAAACUGUGCUCUAAGUUACUGUGCAAGAUGCAACCUCCCCUUAUUAAUAUUGAAACAGAAGAAAUUUUUGAACAUUGUAGUGGCUUUUAUAAUAAUAAUAAUGAUUUGUAUAACUCUAUAGAAAAAAUUUCUGGAAUUGCAUCUUUUAAUAACAAAAAUUCCAGCUUCAUUGUUGAACAUCCUGAAGAUAUGUCUACCAUCUAUCCAUCCGAUUUUCAUUCACAAGUAGCAGAACGGAAAAAAUCUAAAGAAAAUGAUUCCUGUUGUAGUAUACGAAGUGUCAUUACAUUAUGUACUGAGAAAUAUCAGAAGUUUUUUGUUACAUUCCUCAAAGAAAAAGUCAUUACAGAUGUUGAUAGAUCUUCAAAACGCUACCAGUCUUUAUUAUUGUCAAAGCAAGAGAAAAAAAUUCAACGAGAAAAGAAUCUUGAUAGGUUACUUCGUAAAUGCUUAUCUGCAAAAUGCAACUGUCUGUCAUCUGAGGAAAUUGAAAUAUUUAAAGGAGAUAUAACUGAUACAGUUUUUAAGAAGACUGAUCUUCCAGUUAGCGAUGAAGAAAAGGUGCCAAUGGAUUUUAAUUUAUGCCACACUUUUGAACGUUUAUGUAAUCUUCUAGUAGAAUUGUCAUCCUUUCCGACAUUUUACACUAAUUCGAAAAGCCUGUAUGAUAAGCAUUUAAAUGCAGCUAGAUCAUCUGUGAUUCCAGAGUGGCUGAAGCUCAUUAUAACAUUAGCUUGUUUUGCUACAUCUGAAGAAAUAUUUUUUAGUGCAACUUCUACAUUGUUUGAUCUCAUAACCUUGACAAAAUCUAUUCUUCAUAAUAAUGAGAUAAAUGAAGUAGCAUCAGUUUCACCUACAAAUUCUGCUGGUGAUGGAAGUCAAACUAAUUCUCCAACUGUUGUAUUGGUAGCGCUGACACCUGUUGUGAGUGCUUCACAGUUAGAGUUUCUUUCAAAUGAAUCUGUUCUAUUCAAUGUUGCUGCCAAUAAGUUGUGGAAAUAUGUAGGUGAUGAGAGACCUACAUUUUGUUUGCGUGGAACAGAACUUUUACAGCAAGUACAUAAUUUAUCUCCUGCAAGUUCCAUAUGUGAAGUAGUUAUAUGCAAUUCAAUGGCAUCUGGUGAUGAAAUGCAACAAGUUGAAGCUCAAAAGAAAUUUAGUAUUUUGUGGCAUCUAACUAGAGAUUUAAAUCUGAAAUCUACUCCUUCCACAAUGACAAGAGUUUUUGAUAGAUGUUUAUUUCUUAUGCUAGAUAACCUUGGUAAAGAAACAGGACCCCAGAAAGCUAUUUCUCAAGCUUGGUUGAAUCAUUCAUUGCAGCGAGGGGAUGUUGCACGUUUCCUUGAGCCUAUAUUGCUAAUUCUUUUACAUCCUGAUUCAGCACGAGUGUCUGUUCAGCAUGUAAGUGUCCACUGUCCUAAGAGAGCUUCUUCUGAUGAUAAAGUCAAUAGUAAUCAAGAAGAUGCUGAAGCAAAAGUUUAUGCCAUUAGUAGUACAUCUGGACAUGUCAUAUAUCAUAUUAGUGAUGAUAGCCACCCACCAUCUCAACAACCUAGUCCCGAGAAGAAAAUUUUAGCUCUGACAUCUGUAUUGAAUGUUGAUAGUAAUAAAGGUUCCACUGUUGUUACUCAUAAUUCUAUGAUUCAAGAUUUUGAAUUGCCUUCAAGUCAUGAACGCGAUUUAAAGUUACCAAUAUCAGUUUUUGUUAAUCCAUUUGGAUCUUUGUCUUCUUUAGCAAGUGAUUCUCACCUUGAAUAUAUCAAUUUUUCUUCAACUGAUUUUUCACAAGCUAAACGUAUUGAUUUAUUGCGAAGAAGCUCCUUUGAGGAAGACAUCAUAGAAACUGAAAUUGCAUCAGAUGCUGAACUAAGUAUUGAAAAUAUAGUUUCUUCAGUUCUUGAUGAUAUAAUAUCCCAAGUGGUAAAUGAUGAAGCCCCAGAGAAAGAAUUUGUUUCUUCAAGUGAUUUUAAUUUCAGUGAUGAUUAUAAUGAUGCUUGUGAUUUAAAUAAUUCUUACAAAAAAUUAUCUGAUUUUAAUAGCAUGUCACAAUUAACAGUCCAUCCAUUACAUACUUAUAUUUUGUUAUAUUGUCAAGUAUAUGAUUCCCAAAAAACUCUUUAUGCUCUUUAUUCUUUGAAAGCGAUCAUAUUAACUAAUCCAAGGAUUGCACUAUGUAGUAUGUCCACUACAAAUAUUAGCAAUUCUUUAAGUUUAAGAGGCCAGAAAUUACAAGUUUUGUUAGCCAGGCAUCGUAAAUCAGUUUUUGGUAAUAAUUUUCAUGGAGAAUUAACUGCAGAAGCUACAACAAUGUUUCGGAGUAAUACUUAUGUUGAAGUUAUUGUUGCUGCCUGUUUAUAUCAUAUUCGAAGUCACUAUCCUAAUUUACCACAUGUGAAACUUACUGAAGAAGAAGUGAUUGGAAACAGAAAUGUUCGACUUCUUUGUAUGGAAGUUCUAACACUUAUUUUUUCAGAACUUGUUGGAAUAGUUAAAGAUAGUGGGAAAUGUUUUGCUUCUUACUUAAGUGAUUUGUUGCAUAGAUGUAAAGUACAGAAGACACUUCUUCAUUGUCUUGCUGCUAGUGUAUAUGAUUCACAGCAUAAGUCUUCUACCGAAGGUGAAAAAAAUUGCACAUUUACUGAAACUAUUGUUGAAUUCAAUGAAAACCCAUUUAGGACUGGUCAAUACAGUAAAUACCCUACUAAUGAUUUUCAAGAUACAUUUCAGGUACAUUUAUUGAGAUUAAUGGCCACAUUAAUAGUUCUCGAAGAUACUGUAUUGUCCCAAAAUGGUGCAGAAAAAGAUUCUAUUAAUGGUGUUGGUUCGAAAACUGUUGAUAAUACCUUAGAAAAGAAGUCAAAUUAUAAAUCUACAACCCAAAAUUCUACAUCAAAAUUUCAACCAGGUGUACCGAUUCCAUGUCAAUCCAUGUUUUUAAGCACCAUACUUACAGCUUUACGACAGGAACAUAACGUACAUCUACAUAUUCACUGGUUGUCGCUGGUCACAUCUGCCUUAUCUUUUGUUGGGCGCUGGCUUCCUCGAUUAGUCAUGACAGUUGUAAACCAGUUAUGCAUAAAUUUAGAAAAUAUUAUGAAAAUGUUUUGGAUAUCAUCUUCAGAAAGAGGCAGCAAUAGCAGUAGCAGCUCUCAAGUGAAUGAUCAUUCUAGAAGACCAGUUCCUAUGCCUCCUGACUAUUUGAUUACCCUUAUUGAAGGUUUAACAACACUUUGCCAUUAUUGUCUGUUGGAAUGUCCAGCUCCAGUUCUUUCACCAUUGAAUCAACCGGCAUUGCCUCCAGUUCCAUCCCAACCAUAUGCUCCUGGAACCAGUGCUUCACAGAUAAUUUCUAAUUUAAUUCAUGUUUUCUCAACUUCAUCAAAUCAAAAGGAUUUGUCUGGCCGAGAUCCUUCCACUUCUUUUGAUCCUGUCUUAUCAGCAAGGCGUGUACUUCUCAGUAAUUUACCAAGAGUGAUUUCUAGUAUUACAUCUGUAUUUAGAAUCGUUACAGAAGUUGAUAAACAAAAUCAUCAUAGAGAGUGGUGGAUAAUGGGUACACCGAAGGUUGUUAAGCAGCACAUAUUAAGUUUCCUAAGUCCUAUUUCCUUAAAUCAUGGACCAAAUUUUAUGGCAGCCAUUGCUGUGGUAUGGCAUGAAAGCAGGACUAUGAAAUGUAUUCCUGCGAGAAAGGUUAUUCCAACUUGGUCGAAAGAGCAGCUUCUUCUUGUGGAACUAGUUGCUGCAAUUAAAGUGUUUCCUCUGGAGUCCAUUAUUCAAACAGUAAGAACAGUUUUGAAGCAACCACCGUCCAUGUCCCAAAAAAAUAAAGUCGCCAUUGAAGUGAAUACAUUACAGUUCUUCUUAGCUUAUAUUCAACAAACAUCUGGUUCUCAACUUAUAGAAACUUGGCAGGCUUUACUUGGCCUAUGGAAAGAUGGAUUGCAAAUCAGCUAUCCUCUUGUGCAGUUUCAUUUAUUAGGCAUUCUUCAUGAAUUUGUGCAAAGAUCACCUUUAUUAGAAGACAAAAAAUCUCAAAAGGAUCUUCAGGAUAUUGCUCACAAGCUAAUUGAAGCUUGCAGUACAGUAGCAUGUGAUAGUUUGGAGCAAACUACAUGGCUAUGGCGUAAUCUUGCUGUUCGACCUGGGCCUCAGUCAGACAUUUCUAUUGCUUCUGAUGAUGGUGACAACUCAAAAAGUGAAGAGAUUUCAGAUGGACAUCAAUCUAUUUCUUCAUCCUCAUCAUCAAAUAUUCAUAGCAAUGCUCAGUAUAGUGUGCAAGCUUUGUGUAGUCUGGCAGAAUUCUUGGCACCUGUGUUAGAUUUUGUUUAUGUUGGAGAAGAAAAAGAAAAGGUCAUACCCUUGUUAAGUAAUAUAAUGCAUUAUGUCACACCAUAUUUGAAAAAUCACAGUGCCCAUAAUAUCCCAAGUUUCCGUGCUUGUUGUCAGCUAUUGGCAAAUAUUUCUGGUUAUCAGCACACGAGGAAAGCUUGGCGGAAGGAAGCAUUUGAGUUACUUCUGGAUCCAUCUUUUUUUCAGAUGAAAUCUUCAUGUAUUGGGUAUUGGCGAUCGAUUAUCGAUCAUCUAAUGACGCAUGAUAAAACAACCUUCAGAGAUUUUAUGUCUCGGGUAUCAGUUGCUCAGUCUGGCUCACUGAAUUUGUUCAGCAGCAAAGAACAAGAAUAUGAGCAAAGAGCUCAACUGCUUAAACGGUUGGCUUUCGUGAUUUUUUGCAGUGAAAUCGACCAGUAUCAAAAGUAUAUGCCUGAUAUUCAAGAACGACUGACAGAAAGUUUAAGAAUGUCGCAUGUUCCAAUUGUUCAAGCUCAUAUCUUUUUCUGUUUCCGUGUGCUUUUAGUUCGUAUGUCUCCUCAUCAUGUGACAUCACUAUGGCCCGUCAUUAUCACUGAAAUGGUUCAGGUUUUUACACAGAUAGAAUAUGAUUUAUGUGCAGAUAGCGAAGAAUUCAGUGGCGAUGGUGUUGGUCUCAGAAAAAUUAACAGCUCCCAUUUGAGACGAAUAUCAACUUUAGAUUCAUCGUGGGUGAUGAAUAGUAGCAAUGGUUUAAAUGCUCAUAAUCACCCUGCAUGGCUGCAUUUAUAUUUAUCUGUAUGCAAGUUAUUGGAUAUGACAGUUGCUCUACCAGCAAACAUUCUUCCUCAAUUUCAGAUGUAUCGUUGGGCAUUUAUUGGUGAUAGUCCACCAUUAUCUUCUGAGAACAGCAAUCCUAUUGAAAGCAGCAAUCCUGAACCUGCGGAGUUUGUACCUCACAUAAUGAGACUAGCCAAUCUUUUGAACAAAAAGGUACCUUCUGAUGAACGUCUUCCAUUUGUUCCUGGUCAGUUGCUUCUUUCAAUGCCCAAUAUAAACUCUAUUUUACAGCUACAGCCUUUUUUCAAUACAUUAUCUAAUAUUGGAAACAAAGGAAUAAUUUCAAAUAAGAUUGUAAAACCGGAAAUGAAAGUAUCAAAAGAUGAGAUCAGAGCUUCACCAAUUUCAAAAUCAAGGUCUGCACCAGAUUUGCAUACUUUAGCAGAAGAUAUAUCAUUGGUUGAUCCUCAUUUUUCUAAAAGUACUUCUGAACAAAUUGAAAGUAUUUUAGAAACUGAUUUUUUGGAGCCUUGUACUUAGUAUGCUAAUUUGUAUUUUUUGUUUUUUCUAUGGAGUGAAAUGUUGGUUAUGUUUUAUUAUAGAUAUUGUGUUGUACAAAUAAUUUCUCUGAAUAUUUGUUAUGGAUAUUACAAUUUAUGUAUUAAAGUUUUAAUAAUUAUCUAUCUGUAAUGUAAAAUAUAUUCUUUAAGAAAUUAAAUACUUUUAUAUUCCAAUUUUCUUGAAUAAUCAAAUUGUGCUUAUUUAAUUGCAUAGAAUUCUUUAGAUUUUUGUGUCGCAAAUCUUUAGCGAACAUCCGUUGGAAAUUAUUUUUGGAUUGAUUGGUAUUAUCCAUUUAAAUGUAUUAAAUAAUGCUUAGAUUGCGAUCUAUGCAUUUAUUGUUAGUUUAGUUUUUCUUUGAGGGUAAGUUUAGUGACUAAUUCAUGAUUUAGAAGGAACAUGAAUCAUUUCUGAAUAAAUUAUCUAAGUCAAAGAUAUUUUGAUGAUCACCAGAAAUAUAUAUUAAUGUCAAGUUUCCAAUUUUUUUAACUUCUUUGUCGUCCGUAACGUGUCUAAUACGGUCAAGUGAAACUUCUGCUGGGCGGCCUUCAAACAUUCUUCUACAUUUUAAAACUUUUAAACAUUUAAAACGCUUUGUAAAUGUUAAUUGUUUGAGUUUUUAUUUGUUCUAAUGCGGUGAAAAUCAAAGGAAAAACAGAAAUUUUCGCGGACAGGAGAGGACGACGAAAGUGUUAAUGUGGUUUUUUUGCCAAACCUCAGAAUAUUGUAUGGAAGUUCGAUUAUUGUAAAGUGAAAUAUAUUUUUUACCUUAUUGAAGUUUGAUUUGUUAAUACUGUAGAUUCCCGUAUAGCGGUUCUAAAAGUUGCGCAUUAUAGAGAUACGAAUUAGUGGAAAUCUCGGAGUACGGGAAAGUUACUUUUUAGGAGUAUGUUGUAGAAUUUACCAUACUGCGUGAAUUCCUGUAAUGCCUAUUCACAUAACGUGCGACUUUUUAACCGCGUUAUAUAGGUAUCUACUAUAAUUCUAGAAAUGAAAAAAAAAAUGUAUUCCAGUCUUCUAUCAACUCUUUAUUCUGCUGCAAUUGAAUCGAUAUAUAUAUAUAUAUAUAUAUAUAUAUAUAUAUAAUCUUCAAAUGCUUAUUUAAACAUUAACGAAAAUUUCUUGACACCUCUUUUAAAUUUCGACUUGAGUUAUCAAUUGUUUUUAAGUUUUACUAACUCAAUAUAAAAUUCAAAUUUUCGCUGUUUUAUUCCUUCUAAAAUAUUCAAUAUUUUUUUGUGUAUUAAAAACAUAAUUAGAGAGUGAAAAUUUGUUUUUAUUCGUGUAAAUAUUUGUAAAUUGAUUGAUGAAUUUUAAGAGCUUUAUUAAUAAAAAUAGGAAACGUCUUUCAAUAAUAUGUCUUGUCAUUGUAAAGAUUUUGAAGUUUCUUCUUCGCAUCCAGAUUAUUUGAGUUAUUUAUAUCAUUUUUUUUUUCGUGUUUCAUAUACUGAAAGUCUAUUUAACUAUUUCUGAAUAGCAAAAUUGUUAUGUUCUAAAAUUUAUCGUGUUAUCUCUCAUUUUAACUUUAAAGAAAUUUGUUUCAUUUUUUCAAAUCUGUGUAUAAUUUCUUAUACAGAAACGUAGGUAUUUUUUAUCUUACUAUUUUGUUCUAAAGAAGUAUUUUGUGUACUAAAAAUGAUAUCAUAUCAAUAUUUGUGUUAUUUUAUCUGCUAAACAAUUAGAUGGUAGAUAUAGAUUUUUUCUUAUCUGAUUCACAAACUUUUGGUUAAUUUCGUUGCUAUAUGUUAAAUAAAAAUAUUUGGUAAAAAACAUUUUAAAACCAAGCUGAUGUCUGUGAUACAAGAUGCUAUUUGUUCUUAAUUAUGUGUUUGUAAAUUAUUUUCUUAGAAUUUAUUAUUGCAUUUGUAUAAUGAUAUGCAUUCUUAGUUUUAUAAAAUAAUAUGAGAUUGAAUGAGAACGAAUGAUAAAAAUACUGACUUUAUUUUGAUGGUUAUUAACUAGCAAUCUUAAAAUUAUAUGUUAUCAAGUCUAAAAUCUUUUUUUACAAUUUCAUUUAUUUUUCAUGUUAAAAAUGAGGAAUGUUCAUAUAUUUCCGAAAUCGGAAUUUGCAUACAAAAUGAAAAGUUUCAGUAUAUUGCUGUUAAUUAAGCUGUAUAAUUAAGAUUGUGUUUCUCUUUGUAAGUAGAAUUCCUUUUUUUAAAAAAAUGUAUAAAUCAUGGCUACUUCAAUUCUUGAUAUUUGUAAAUGGGUUUCGGUACUUUAAAAUGUUUUAAAGUGGUUAUUUUGUUUUUAAGUUUUGCUAUAUAUACUAAGUUAUUAAUAAAAUGAAAUAUUUACGUGUGUCGUUAUGUAUUUUUAAAAAAUGGUUAGAAAUCGUAGAUAUCCAUUACAUUUAUGUAUUGCUUCAUUCCAGUAUCACUGUUUGUGCACUUAAUUAUUCUAAAAUCUAUUACAGAAUGAAUUGUCUAUUUUUCUGUGUAAAUAAAUUUUUUAAUUGUA